AUGGCCACUCCUGAUAUUGCUACUUUUCUCCAACAGAUUGACGCCGUGCUGCAAAAGCAGCCCAAGCUGCCGGAUGAGGAGCGUUGCCGGUUGCGCGAAGCCGGCCGCAAGCUCAGCCUCGCCAUGGAGAUCCCUGUGGACAGCAGUCAUCGGAUAGCAUAUGCACCCUUGCAAGUGGGCCUCGCGCAGGUAGGCGUAGAUCUCCGGCUGUUUGAGAUGAUUCGCGACGGCCUGUCAUCCCAGGCUCAGCUGGCCACCGAAGCCAAGGUCGAUCCUGUUCUAAUGAGGAGGUUGCUGCGGUAUUAUCAGUCUGUGGGUAUGAUAUCGCAGCUGGACACCGACAUUUUUGUUGCCAACAACGUCACAGACGCCCUUGCUUUAGAAAUGGGAAGAUAUGGGGAGGGCAGAACGGAUGUCUUAGGCCGGUCCAUGCUGGCCUUCCCCCACUUCCUGCGCCGCACCAACUACCGUAACCCUUCUAACCCCAAUGAGACGGCCUUCCACCUGGGUAUGCAGACCGACCAGGAUCUCCUCAAGUGGCUCGAAAGCCACCCGGACUACUCGGUCAAUUUCAACAUGUGGAUGUCCACCCAGCGGGAAACCAAGCCUAUCUUCCUCGAUGUUCUAGACUUUCCCAGUAAGAUAGGUCCAUCAGACGAGUCUACCGUGCUCUUUGUCGAUAUCGGCGGGUCUAGAGGUCACCAAAGCAUUGCAGUGAGACAGCCAUACCCCGAUCUCCCGGGGCGAAUUAUCGUCCAGGACAUUCCACGCGUCGUGGCAGAGGUGACCGCGAACCCACUGCCCGGCUUUGAGAACAUCGAGAUCAUCGAGCACGACAGGUUUACGCCGCAGCCUCUCAAGCUGAGGCCGCGCAUGCCAGCGCAAGUGCCACCAAGGGCAAGGCAGCGGUCAUGUUGA